AAUGUAUAAUGGUUACCGUUACGACGUACUGACAUACCACCAACACAGUUCACAUGGAAGCUGAUCGUCUAAUGAAAACCACUUUGAAAAGUGAUCAGAGAAGUUAAAGGGAAGUAAUUCUAACAGCUAGACAUGUCUGCCUUGUCUCCAAGAGUGUUCCAUCUCAUUAACAACAUAGGUAUCUGUCGCCAAACAGAUGCACUAAGUUUUCUCACAGGUGAUGGUCUGGUAGACUGGAAUGUUGUAAGGGUCACACUUCCAGAUCCAUCAGAUUUCUCUGAUGACAAACUGUACUUUGAGAGAUGUAUUGGAUGUCUUGCUCCAUUGUUUCUCCAAUCUGAGGACUACAUUUCCAAACUGACUGUUGCAGACUAUGAUCGCCAGUUAUCUCCCUUUACAUCAUGGACAGGCAUGCCAGAGUUGCUGGCAGAGUGUUUUGAUUUGCUUCAUUCCCCCAAGGACAGGUUAGAUGUGGACCAUAUGUUGGUGAUGCUGAUUGUGACUUCUGUGUUAGAACGAUCUCUUGGAGAUGUGUACCUAACAAAAGGAUCUCAGUGUCCAUCAAUGCUGAAGGAUCUACUACUAACUUCACAACUCACACAAAUAUUUGGAUCAGCUGUAGUGGAAACAUUACGUGUAAUAUUGGGGCCUCCAACAUCUCUGAACCUACGAAAUGUGGCAUGGCAUGGCUUUCCCACCCCUGGAGAAAUACCCCAAAGGUACACUUGGUUUCUACUAUUGCUGGUGCCAAGUUUAGGAUAUCUUCUGAGGGAAAACAAUGACAUUAAACACAGACCAUACACAGACUUUUCUCAGUCAGCCAUGUAUCAUCCACAGUUCACAGAAUUCAAAACACCAGCAUUAUCAGAGCUAUUACAGUUAUUUGAAACUUCGCCAAUCAUCGCCAGACCUUCGCUGCCUGUGUGGGUUGCUGCUCUUAACUGGUUCUACAAAGGAAAGUAUGGUUACUUUGCUGUGUUAAUACUUCCACAACUGGAGCAUGCCAUGAGGGUUCUGUUUUCUGAGAUCAACAAUUGUCCGGAGCGGGUACUUACGGCUGAGGCCUCAACACUGUACACAACAUUUGAUGAGAUUUUAGACCCAUGUUUACCUACUGGCAUUAAGAACAAGGUUGCAGCUCAGUUAGGAGAGAAUUGUAUGGACCUGUUACUGGAUGCCCUAGAGUACCCAGCAGGCCCCAGAGUAAGAGACAAACUUGGUCAUGGGGAGGUGAAUCUAAGCUCCUUUCCUCAAACACUUGCUAUAGUCAUUCUGGGUACAGCAUUGAUGGUUACAGUAAGAAGGGAGGCUACUCUGAUGUCACUGCCGAAGCCUUUUGUACCACUGCAGGAUUAUCAGUCUCUAUUUCAUCCUGUGACCUUAGUCAAACAAAAGAUCAUUCGUGUCACUGAACAGCUGGCCAAACUAAAUGAUCGCAUCCACUAUACAUUCCAUCUUCAGCCCAGAUCAACAUUCCAUUACACAGAGUUGUGUAGAGAGGAACACCCACUCCUGGUAACCAUGACAUCAGGGAUGGAAAGUCUAGUAGAGUCUGUGUGUCAGAGAUGGUCAGACUGCAGUGUUACUAGAGAACAAGUCAUCACAGGGAUCUUACAGCCAAUGGAGGAUGGUCAAAGAUUUGUGUCUAAAAUGUUGACCAAGAAAAUAAGCACCUUGUACAGGUUUUACAGAGCCACAUCUAUGCCCACCAAAACUGGAGCCACACCCAUCACAGAAGGAACCACAUCCACCACAGAAGGAGCCACACACAACAAAGACAGAGCCAGUACAGAAUUAGAUAGCUCCAAACUGAACUCUGUUGGAGUCAAAUCCAUUAUUAACAGGAAAGCACAAUCUAUGAAUGACACCAAGACCGCAGUGGAGGGUGGGAGACAGAGUGAACUUGUCGGUCUGUUACAGAGGAUUCUGGAGGAGUGUACAUCAGUGGUCACUCAAAUGGAGCAGGUGCUAAGUGACCGACAGAUACAGUGGAGGAAGGGCAAACUGCGGCCAAGACAGGAAGACAGUCUGCAAAAACUCAUCAACAGCUGCCCCUGUCUCCAUAUGUGCCUACAUUUUGUGGUGUUUGUGGCCCUGUGGCAACUAUACACCCUGGACAUGACAGCAGGCCAGGACAACAAGCUCAGAGUCAGAUUUUUGAAAGGAGUUCUACAAAACAUGGAGAAGCUAAGAGUUUACACAAGUGUUGAGAAGAGUAAAUGGGUAGAGAGUACAGAACUUGUUGCUGGCCUAAUGGACAAAGUUAAUCAAUAUCUAGAGAAGUCCUGAUACAGGCAGUGAUUGGCAGUGAUGAUGAUGUCAAAUGUCUAGUCCUGACUCACUAGUGCAAUCAAUCUGGUGAAAAGAGUUCAGAAGUAAUCACAGAGGUCAGGACAGGGGCUUUUAACAAGUGAUAUAUAUGUGUACUUAAUGUUUUACUCAUUAAACUUUCAAAAUAUUUCGAAAAUACCUAAAAUAGAAUAUCAAUGAAGAUAUUCAGAAUGUUCCAAAAUGUCCAUAAAUCAUUCAUAAUACAUUAAGUUUACACUAGUAAAAUAAAAUGUUAAGAAUACCCUAACGAUAUGUUGUACAUACCCAUAUCACUGUCAAAAUACCCAUAAAACAAUGAACGUAUUAAAAAAUCACAAUAACUGUAGAACAUCGACAAAAACUUAGUUUUUGUCACUUUUAUUAACUUAACAAAACAAAAUAAGCAAGAAAAAAAUAUUUCACAUUUAAAGAUGUUUAUUGGAAUUCGAUUUAAAAACCUCAUAUCCCUUAUUCACUAAGUAGUGCCACAUUUAUAGAAACAAAGGAUAUGCUCUGGUUGACCCGAGAAUCUCGAGGUAGACUCUCAACAUGGUUUUAUUCAUCCAAUUUUUCUAGGUGCAUAAAUAUAUACCACAUCAGUUCUGAUUUUAGAAACAAAUUAAAGGGGUUGACUGUAUGUGUUUUUAUAUUCUAGUAUGAAGUAGGUUUAAAUGUUGUUCUUGUAAUUUCUUGUUUUACAGGAAACAGAUAUGAUAUUUGACACUAACUUUUUAUUGGUAUACACCCGUGAGCAAUAAUACGAGGAUCAUGUGCAUUAUCACUGAUAUUUCCCGUCCAAUGUUUUUAAUCAUUUGUUAUCCAUAUCUUGUUGUCUACAAGCUAAAGGAGUUUGAUGGAUCAUUAUAUAUUUUUUAAUUCAUUUACAAUUUAUGGAGGACAAUCUUUUAUAUUUCUAUAUUUAUGUUGU